AGUUAGCUAAAUAGCAAAACCAAGCUGUUGUCUUAGCUUAUUUAGAGACUCUACUUGGUCGGUAACUAACAGGUUUUGAUCCCCGGGGAGAUUCAUAUUAUUUAAUUAUUAUUUAUUUCCUUUAAAGGUAUUGUUAUUUUCCAUAAAAGCUAAUGUGUUUUAGGCGUUUAUGUGUUUUAGGACGACAGCUAACUGUUCUGUAACAGUCUUAAGAAGUGCGCGCUAUUCAUUGAGAUUUCAGAGAUGUGCUACAUGGUUAGCAAACGUUAGCUGGUUGAUUUCAAUCAAUUGCUAAAGUGUAGUUCGUUUAAAUCUAACGGAUUUACGUGGGCUUUACAUGGCUAGUACAAGUGAGGGGAAUGAUGUUGUAGCAAGUUUGACAGAAGUGUUAAAGGAGACGAACGCGGUUGUGUGUGCGUGUUACUCUGGUGUACAUUAAGAACAGCUGCAGAUUUAGCUCUCUAUCGUGUGUUAAUAUUAACUCCAGACUCUUCCUAUGUCUGCCUGAGUUAGCCGUUAGCCUUGUAAGCAGAACAGUUAGCUAGCUAGCACACGGGUGAACCAGGCGUCAUCCUGGGGCACCUGUUAACACGACCUGCUGCUUCAUUUCUCAGGUCUGUCAUUACAGUUGAGGCAACGUGAGCUUACAGGAUCAUGCGUGUCUAGUGGUGAUGCUUGUAAGAAUUGGAAAAGAUUGUCAAGUUGAACAUGGCUCCUAAAAAAAGACCAGUCCCUUUAAUCAUAAGCUGCAGUGGAGAAGCUCACAGCACACCUUCGAAUUUAGGGGCUGCUUCAGAGGCCUAUCUUGAGACCCUACAGAAGAAACUAGGGGAGUUGGACUUGGACGAACAGCAGAAGAAGCGCUUGGAGGCCUUUCUCACACAGAAAGCUAAAGUGGGAGAGCUGAAGGACGAUGACUUCCAGCAUAUAUGUGAGCUGGGAGCAGGAAACGGUGGUGUGGUUAAUAAGGUCUGCCACAAGCCAUCUCGACUGAUCAUGGCAAGAAAGCUCAUUCAUCUUGAGAUCAAACCAGCAAUCAGGAACCAGAUCAUUAGAGAAUUGCAAGUCCUGCAUGAAUGCAACUCUCCCUAUAUAGUGGGCUUUUAUGGUGCAUUCUACAGCGAUGGAGAGAUCAGUAUCUGUAUGGAGCACAUGGAUGGGGGUUCUUUGGAUCAGGUACUGAAAGAGGCUCGGAGAAUUCCAGAAGAAAUCCUAGGGAAAGUCAGUAUAGCUGUGUUAAGAGGUCUUGCUUACCUUCGAGAAAAACAUCAGAUCAUGCACAGAGAUGUCAAGCCAUCAAACAUACUGGUGAACUCAAGAGGGGAGAUCAAGUUGUGUGAUUUUGGAGUCAGCGGUCAGCUUAUCGACUCCAUGGCCAACUCUUUUGUAGGCACAAGGUCGUAUAUGUCUCCUGAGAGACUGCAGGGGACUCAUUACUCAGUGCAGUCAGAUGUGUGGAGCAUGGGACUGUCUCUGGUGGAGCUUUCCAUUGGGCGCUACCCCAUCCCUCCCCCUGAUGCCAAGGAACUGGAGGCCCUUUUUGGCCGACCUGUAGCAGAGGGAGAAACGCAGAGCACCUCCCCACGUCCCAGACCUCCCGGAAGGCCCAUCAGUGGACAUGGCCCUGUCAUGGCAAUUUUUGAGCUGUUGGAUUACAUCGUCAAUGAGCCUCCACCUAAACUGCCUCAUGGAGUCUUCACUGCAGAUUUCCAGGACUUUGUGACCAAAUGUCUAAUCAAAAAUCCUGCCGAUCGGGCAGACCUGAAGAUGCUAAUGAACCACACGUUCAUUAAACGCUCAGAAGUGGAAGAAGUCGACUUUGCAGGCUGGUUGUGUAAAACUAUGGGGCUCAACCAACCCAGCACACCAACGCGGGCAACUGAAUAACUGAACAACAAAAAUGCUCUGUUUCUUAAAGAAAUGUUCCAGCAUGUUUUAACCUAAUAUCUGUCUACCAGAUCUGCAGCGUAUGAUUAAUUAGCACAGACACACCGAGAACAGGCCAAAAAGGAAUCGAGUCUGAAAUACUUGCAUAUUAAAAUUUUAUAAUUAGCAUUAUUUUCAGUGGUGUCCAAGAUUUAUUUUGGAAUCUAAUCAAAUUUUUUUUAAUUUUUUUUUUUUGGGGGGGGUUAAUGUCAGUAGGAUUUACCUCUUGCUUCAUCUCUAGUGUUACAGCAGUGUUUUAUUCCUUUAAACUGUCCAGAUCUCAAGAGAUCAGAUUCCAAAACUUCAUCCUUAAUGCCAAUACCACCAUCCCAGUCAUCACAAACAUCCUCUCAUCACUAACUGGCCGAGCAGCAGCUGCAUUGUGUUCUGGAGCUUUAAGUGAAAUUACAUUUUGUUGUUUAAAAAGUGGGAUGAAAUUACACAAGAUUUUUUAAUAAGACCUUUAAUCUCUCAUCCAAAGACCUUUAUUGCUAGAGUGUGAUGCAUUAUAAAGAUUACAUAUUUUACAUUUUUGUCUGAUUCUAAAUAGGCUUUAGGUAAACAGAUUCUCUGUUCUCUUUUCACAGCGCAGAAAUUCUCAACAGUGCAUGGCAAUGGAACGUGUGCAGAUGCGGUAGAUAGUGAUUAGGUUACAUUGCUGGAGUUUUUCUUUAAACAUGCAUUUUUGCACACAGGACCUAUUAACCAGAGCAGUCUGUGUAUAAAAAAAAAAUAAAUAAAUAAAAAAUGAAGUAUACGUUCACAUAUAUGCAUGCAGGCACACAUCAGUUAAAGGCAUCUCAGGUGAAUCUUAAGUAAAUAAUUGUAUAGAUAUGUCUUUAUCUGGACCUAGUUAACAUGCUACCGUUAAUAUAUAAAGUAUAUGGAGAAAAUGUUCACCUCAAGAACCGUUGUAUCUGACAGUCAUGAUUAUUUCAGACCUGUUGACGUGAAGGAGAAACGAUGUUCAUGGCUUAAUGCCUUUGUCUCAAUAAAUCUGUGUGAAUGUA